GAAAAUUGUAAGAUGGUAUGAUUUAAAAUAAGACAUGGACAUUAUUCCAUAUUGAGUAUACUAGAUUAGAAGUUGCUAAUAAAUUGGAAAAAAAAAGUUAAAAACAAAAAAAAAAAAGAAGUUGCUGGAAUGACUGGGUUGCAUAAAAAUGUUCCAUGUUAUGCCUUUAUAUGUUAUUAUGUUGUCUUAUAUCCAAAAAAAAAAUUAUAAAAUUUAGUCCAAGAUACUUUUAAUGCUCAGAAAACAGUUGAUUUUGCUUAUUUGGAUGUCCUUAUUCAAUUGAGGGCAUUUAAUAAACAUAUGUUGGUGCUGAUGUUUCAGACAGUUGAGGAAAUGGAUGGAAGCAAUCACAGUGGAGUCUCUGAGUUUCUGCUCCUGGGGAUCUCAGACAUUCCUGAGCAGCAGCAGGUCCUGUUCUGGAUGUUCCUGUCCAUGUAUCUGGUCACAGUGGUGGGAAAUGUGCUCAUCAUCCUGGCCAUCAGCUUUGAUCCCCGCCUGCACACACCCAUGUACUUCUUCCUGGCCAACCUCUCCUUCACUGACCUCUUCUUCGUCACCAAUACAAUCCCCAAGAUGCUGGUGAGCCUCCAGUCUCAGAACAAAGCCAUCUCCUAUGCGGGGUGUCUGACACAGCUCUACUUCCUAGUCUCCUUGGUGGCCUUGGACAACCUCAUCCUGGCCACAAUGGCAUAUGACCGCUAUGUGGCCAUCUGCCGCCCCCUCCACUACACCACGGUCAUGAGCCCUGGGCUCUGCAUUUUGCUCCUCACCUUGUGUUGGGCACUUUCUAUUUUUUAUGGCCUCACCCACACCCUCCUCAUGACCAGGGUGACAUUCUGCGGUUCCCAGAAGAUACACUACAUCUUCUGUGAGAUGUAUGUCCUGCUGAGGCUGGCAUGUUCUAACACUCAAGUCAAUCACACAAUGCUGAUUGCUACAGGAUCUUUCAUCUUCCUUGCCCCACUAGGGUUCAUGAUCAUGUCCUAUGUCUGGAUUGUCAGAGCCAUCCUCCAAAUACCCUCAGCCUCUAGCAAGUACAAAGCCUUCUCCACCUGUGCUUCCCAUUUGGCUGUGGUCUCCCUCUUCUAUGGGACACUUUGUAUGGUAUAUCUGCAGCCCCUCAAAACCUACUCCAUGAAGGACUCAGUAGCCACAGUGAUGUAUGCUGUGGUGACCCCCAUGAUGAACCCUUUCAUCUACAGCCUGAAGAACAAGGACAUGCAUGGGGCUCUGGGAAGGCUUCUCUUAGGGAAAGCCUUUCAGAGGUUGACAUGA